AUGAUGAUGAUGAUGUGCCGUGUGAUGUGUGUGUUGGCCGUUGUGCUGUGCUGUGCCUGCGGGUAUACCAUGGCGGGAUCUGCUGCCAAUGAAAAGACUACUAACCCGUACGGUGAGAACCAAGGUAGUCAUUGGGAAUGGGAUGAUUUUCUUAAGACGCAAAGUACAAAUAAUGAGAAUAUGGAAAAGAAUCUUGCAGAGGAGUGUCCAGAGAAUGAGGGUGACACAAAUCAUGAUGUUGAAGGAAUAAAGUGUUCGGAGUGGUUAAAGUCUCACCGGAAAGAGCAAGUAGCUAACCUUGGACAAAGUUCAGCAGACCGUGCAGAGGACCAUAUCACAAGAAGAGAGGGGGAUAUCAAACAACCUGGUGGUGCACAUAGCCCUGGUGCAGCUGAAAUGCAAAAUCCAGUGAUUGAGGGACAAGGUCGAGAACGUGUAGGAGUUACAGCCGAAGGAGUAAAUGCCCGUGGAAGUCCAAAGCAAGAGGUUGAAUCAGAAGGCCCUGUAACUGCUGAUGAAGCCAAAGGACAGAAUGCAGAAAGAACGUUGACAGCAGAAAGGCAAGGAGAAGUGUCCAAUGCAGCACCACAAGGUGAUCAAGGAACACCGAACAACACAUCUGAUAACACUGCACAUGGUGAUGGUAAUCCCAGUAAUCAAAGUUCUGCAGCGACAAGUGUGACUGCCGCACCAGACACAAAAGAAACAAAUACCACUACUCCACCGAGCACCGAGAACACUACCACAGAAGCACCAACCACCACUCCAUCUCCUGUACCAAACACAGAGAUCAACACUAUUGCUUCCACUGUACAGAAGAAGGCUAAUGUUGACAGCAGUGUCAGUCCUGUGUGGAUGCGCACUGCAGCACCGCUGUUGAUUGUGGUUGUGUUGUUCUCUGCUACCGUGUACUGA